AUGGCAUUUGGUGCACCAAGAGGUAGAGGAGGACCAUCCAGAGGUGGAAGAGGUGGUUCAAGAGGAGGAUUCGGUGGAGGCCGUGGAGGAGCCAGAGGAGGCUUCGGUGGUGGUAGAGGAGGAUCCAGAGGUGGAUUCGGUGGAGCUAGAGGAGGUGGUAGAGGAGGUCCAAGAGGUGGAGCCAGAGGUGGUAGAGGUGGAGCUAGAGGAGGUGCCAGAGGAGGUGCUAAAGUUGUUAUUGAACCUCAUAGACAUGCUGGUGUCUUCAUUGCCAGAGGUAAAGAAGAUUUAUUAGUUACCAAAAAUAUCGCUCCAGGUGAAUCAGUUUAUGGUGAAAAGAGAAUCAGUGUUGAAGAACCAGCUAAAGCUGAAGGUGAAUUACCAACUAAGAUUGAAUACCGUGUUUGGAAUCCUUUCAGAUCUAAAUUGGCUGCUGGUAUUAUGGGUGGUAUUGAUGAAUUAGGUAUUGCUCCAGGUAAAAAAGUUUUAUAUUUGGGUGCCGCUUCCGGUACUUCAGUUUCUCAUGUUGCUGAUGUUGUUGGACCAGAAGGUAUUGUUUAUGCUGUUGAAUUUUCUCACAGACCAGGUAGAGAAUUAAUCGGUAUGGCUAAAAAGAGACCUAAUGUUAUUCCAAUCAUUGAUGAUGCUCGUCAUCCUCAAAAAUACAGAAUGUUAGUUUCUAUGGUUGAUUGUGUUUUCGCUGAUGUAGCUCAACCUGAUCAAGCCAGAAUUAUUGCAUUAAACUCCCAUUUAUUCUUAAAAGAUCAAGGUUUAGUUGUUAUUUCUAUUAAAGCUAAUUGUAUUGAUUCAACUGUUGAUGCUGAAACUGUUUUCGCUAGAGAAGUUCAAAAAUUAAGAGAAGAAAGAAUCAAACCUUUAGAACAAUUAACUUUAGAACCUUAUGAAAGAGACCAUUGUGUUGUCGUUGGUCGUUACAUGAGAAGUGGUUUAAAAAAAUAG